AUGGGAGGAGGCAAGAUCGCGGCUGCCCUGGCGGGCACCAGGACGUUCUCCUACCUCCUGCUGGGGUACGCCCUCUUCCACCUCGCCAUGCAUUUCGGGAAGUGGUACGGGGAGCACUUCGAGGACACGGACGACGGCCUGCAGCACCUGGAGUUCGUGAUGCAAGGCGAGGGCACCGACGACGAGCUCAAGAUCCGCACCUCCAGGGGCCAGCUGUUCCUGUUCCUGGCCUCGCCGAUCAUCCUUGCGGCGGCGCUGGGCGGCGUGUACGAAGCGCUGUGGCUGUCACGAGAGGCCAAAGCGGGCGACGCCGCUGAAGCAUCCAAGGCAGGCGGCUUCCUCGCCACCAUACACAGCAUCAUGCACUGCCAGUUCAGGCCUCUGGGCUCGUCGUACUUCCCGUGGCUGACGGUAGGAGAGGCCGCCGCCAUGUUCCUGUGGAUCUGCGUCAUGGUAUCGGAACUUACGCAAGGUGUUUUGGCACGCGAACACGGCGAGAGCUACGUGGUUUGCGAGGACGACCCGACAGACUGGUGCAGCUCGCGAGAUGGCACGCCUGGGGGACCGACGCCCAACCAAUGGAUGCUGUUCAGGGUGGCCACCUACUUCGGCUACAUCUGCUCCUCGCACUUCGCGGUCAUCCUCGUCCCCGUGGCCCGCGACAGCAAGAUCUGGUCGUCCCUCGGCGUCCCCUACGAGCGGGCCGUGCUCUACCACACCUUCGCCGGCCACCUCGCCUUCACCACCAUGGCGGUUCACGCCUUCCUCUUCGUCGUCUACUGGGUGUGGUACGACGGGUGGGCGCACGCCAUCCGCGAGUCGAUCCACGCCCCGGCGGAGAAGCACCACCACGGGCUCGACAUCCCCAUGGGGUGGAUGGCCCUGCUGUGCGGGCUGCCGAUGUGGAUCACGUCGAUCAACUUCGUUCGGAGGCGCUACUACAGCCUCUUCAAGCUCGCGCACUUCCUGUUCAUCGGCGUUUUCGUCUUCGGCGCCAUGCACUGGUCUCGGAACACGCUCUACUACCUCGGCGGUCUGACGCUGUACACCCUGCACAUCAUGUCGCGACUCGAGUCCUGGAAGAGGUGGCGCUACUGGAACAGGUGGUUCAAGCCCGAGACGAAGGCCAGCCCGACCAGCCUCGUCAGCGCCUACACGAACGAGAACUACACCCGCCUGGUCCUCCGCAACCCCAAGAAGGCCUCCGCCCGCGGGGGAUCGUUCGUGUACAUCAGCGCGCCGGGGGCGCUCGGCACGGACGAGGCCCACGCCAUCACCGUUGCCCUCCGCGGGGCCCCCCCGUCCCCCCCCUCCUCCGCGAAGGUGGCCCCGUCGUCGGACUCUGCGGUGCCCCCCCGGGAGGAGGACGUGUUCACCGUGUACAUCAAGGACCUGGGUCCGUGGACGAAGGCCCUGAAGCUGACGGCGGAGGGGGCCAUCACCGCCCGCAACCCGGCCUCCGCUCUUCUGGUAGACGUGGACGGCUUCUACACCCAGGUCAACUCGUUCAACUCGAUGAUGAUCGGCGGCGCGCCGCGGGUCGUGAUCGUGACCGGCGGGUCCGGCAUGACGUCCGUCUUCGGCUUCAUCCAGGACUGGUGCGUCGCCGCCGCCGAAGGAGCUUCCGUGCCCGAGGUGCACAUGGCGUGGUGCUGCCGCACCCUCUCCGAGAUGGAGCUCGUCGGAGAGGCCCUGCCGUCCCUGCUCGCCGGCGCCGGUCGCGCGAAGGACACCCACUUCUCCAUGUCCCUCUACUGCAGCGGCAAGGGGUGGGGGUAA